UUUAACAAAUUGAGUACGGUUAAAAAUAAGUGUAGAAUUAAUUAAUCUAAACGAAAAUGGAUGAAAGAGUUAAAUAUUUACAAGCAAGAGAUCCAAGUAUUAUAAGUGGAUAUGUUGCGACAACGAAAAUCACAAACAAAAAUAUUAGGCAACGAAAGCUGUUACCAUUAUUAAAUAAACUCGAAACUCAAGCUGAUUCUAGUAUGGAAAAUGAAUCAACGAACUCUACUUCCGUACGCGAUACUAAACAAUUUAAAGUAUAUCUACGAAUAAAACCAACGGAAAAUGGUAUCGAUAGUAAAAUAUAUAAAAUUGAUCACCACAAAAAUGAACUUUUAUGUCAAACAACGUCAAAUAUCAACUGCGGUCGUAAUGGUCGAAAAAAUGAUGAAACUAUCAUCAAAAAAUAUAAAUUCGAUAAAAUAUUUAACGAUACGGUCAAACAGAAUGAGAUCUUCAACAAAUGUGUAGAAUCACAAUUAUAUAAUUUAAUUUAUAACGAUGUGGAUACAAAUGUGAUGACAUAUGGAGCAUCUGGAUCUGGGAAAACACAUACAAUUCUUGGUGAUAUUAAUGCACCAGGUAUUAUACCACGCUCAUUAGAAUAUAUAUUUCGUCAUAUUAAAAAUAAUGAUGUAUCUAAAUCACCUACCGGGUAUAUGAAACAAAUUAAUAAUGAAUCUGUACAAGAAUUAAAUCGUGAAGAGUAUGAAAUCGAAUAUGAGAAUACAAUGAAAUUGUUGACUUUGUUUUGGAAGAAUGACAACGAAAGUCAUUUACACGUGAAAACAUAUAAAGCAAUGGAAAAUCGUAUCAGCAACGAAUAUGACACCUCAAAAUCAUGCUCAACAUCUUUUGAAUGUGAUCAAACAAAGAAUUACGUGUACACAGUAUGGAUAUCAUUCUUUGAAAUUUAUAAUGAAAAUGUUUAUGAUUUAUUAACUUUUCCAAAUGAAAAUGAUAGUCAGCAAUCGUCAUUACAUCAUAUGCAGAAUCGUAGAAAUCUAAAAGUUAUACAAGAUUGUAAAGGCAACGUACACGUUAAAGAUUUAACAACAUACCUUGUAAAAAAUGGUUGUGACGCUUAUCAACUACUCCAAUAUGGUAUACACAAAAUCAAAUAUGCAUCAACAUUAAUCAAUCAACAUUCCUCACGUUCGCACUGUAUAUUUAAAGUAAAACUCUUAAAGCAUGCAAUUCAAUCUGAUAAUCAAGAUGUAAUCAUCAGUAACAUUAGCUUCAUUGACUUAGCUGGUUCCGAACGAGUCAAGGAUACAUUAAAUAAAGGUGUACGUUUAAAAGAAUCCAAUAAUAUCAAUUCAUCUUUAAUGGUUUUGAAUCGUUGUUUACAAUUAAUUCACGAUAAACAACAUUUACAGAAUAAUUCAAAAAUCAUGAUACCAUAUCGUCAAUCGAAAUUGACACAAAUAUUAAAACGGGCUUUAUCUGGCCACGAAUUGAUUACAAUGAUAGUAAAUAUUGCACCUAGAUUGCAAAUGUUUGAGACAACUCAACAUGUCUUGCAAUUUUCAUCAAUUGCAAAAAACAUUAUCGUGAUUAAUAGUACAAGACGUCUAUCGAAAUUCACGCAAUAUUUAGCCAAAGACAAAUCAUUAACAAAGUCGGAAGAAUCGAUAACUUCAAAUGGAACCACGACUGUUGACUAUGAACAACAAAUUGAAUAUUUACUAAACGAAAAUCGUAAAUUAAAAGAUUUUGUACAACAACAAGAAAGAAUAUUUGAGCAUCGAAUACAAGCCGAACGUGAAGAAGUUGUCAAUGAAUAUAAUGAAAUUUUAAACGAUAAUGAAAAACAAUGGGAAAAACGUUUACAAAAUGCGAUCGAACGAUGUAAACAACGUGACACUUUUAACUAUAGUACAAUUACGAUAAAUAGUAGUUUGGAAGAAUCGAAUGAUGAGGAAACGGAUAAUGAGGAAGAACAAGCACCAACUAUUAUAGCAAAUAACAAACGCUCACGAAUAUGCAAUACAGAGAAUUUGGAAGGAGAUACCUCAAAGCGAACACGAUUAUCGGAGAAAAUUCCAUCGAAUGUUGGUUCUGAAUCGGAAUCGGCUUUAAUUAAAAAAUUACAAGAUGAAUUAAAAUAUUAUAAGGAAAUUGUCGCAGAUGCGAAACGUGAUUACGAAGUAUUAAAAAGUGAUCAUGAUGAUUUAACACAGAAAUAUGUCGAACUUUGCGAUCGACAUUUACAAUGUAUUAAUAACGAUAAUAUUGUUUAUGAUUUAAGUAACGAAAAUGAUGAUGAGGAAUCUGAUAACGACAGUAUUAUUAGUAAUAUUUCAAAUAAUAAGGGUGAUAAACGUGAUGAUGAUCAAAGUGCUAGCAUAAAUUUCUCUAAUUUUUAAUUAAUUUUUUUUAACCUGGUGUUAUUUUUUAUAUUUUGUAAA